AUGCUGCUACUGCUACUGCUGCUGAUGCUGAUGCUGCUACUGGUGCUGCUGCUGCUGCUCGUCUUCGCAUUGCCCACCCGGCCCCGUCCACCGGCCUCUCUCGCGCCAUCUCAGCGUAUAGCUAGAGGUGGUAGUAGUAGUAGUAGUACAUGUACAGUAGUUCUAAGCGAGGCGGAGAAGGGCCAUGGACGUGACGCCACACUCUGCUGCGCCACAGGAAACAGCUCAGCCACGCAUUGCACUACUGCACGAAGCCUGCAUCGGACCAUUCAGGCCGUCCGACGUGAGGCUGGAGCCAGCGUGCACACCUUCGUAUCAUGUCCCGUCCCACGUCCCGCUCGGUGCUGUUCGUUGUCACGGCAUGCUGCCCGCUGCCCGCGCAAGAAAAAACGUCAAGGCGAGCCGUGUGUGUGCGUGUGA